AUGUCGGAGCGUCGAUGGUCCACCAGACUGAAAGCGAAGCUGCUGCGGCGAUCGUCGACGUCAAGCAAGAAGAACAUCGUAACCACCACCACCACGACCAGCACUUCUGCCUCCACGCCCGACUUCCAUCCGCAGCCCUAUCCGCACCCGGUCCAGCGAGUCGGCCCCGGGAGAGUGAAGGACGCGGCGGAGGAGCUGCCGGCCGAUCCAAACUUUGACUGUACCACAACCGCAACCACCACGCAAACCACCACGCCGCCUCUCUCCACACCUUCCAACGUCCUCCCUCCUUCUUCCCACCCCGCCAGUCGCCCGUCCAUCUCCUCCUUCACCGAGUCCCAGUAUACCCCGGACGAGCUCGCCAGUGCUGCCGGUUCCCCAGGCGGCCAAUACUUCUUCGUCCCUGAGUACCAUCGACCCGCGUCUCGCUCGUCUGCUCAGCGCCCCGACGAACAAUCUGUCACCCAGAGCGUGAGCCCAAACAAGGCGAUAGCGAAGGGACUACUGCCACAACCGAUCGAGCAACAUCAGCUUAUACCCGCCCGGCGGCGAUUCGAGCCAGCCCACGACCGUGAGCGUGCCCGAUCCGGGUCCAGCCGUAAAGGUUUCCCGGCCGAACUGUUCGAUUUUCCUCUUCCGCCAUUACGAAGGGACACUGAUCUCUCAUCCAUAACCUCGCCGUCUCCUACGACAAAGCCCGACCGUGCGAGCCUCCCAGCUAACUUUACCCCGCGAGAGCGCCACGCGUCUGGCCCCGUGGAGUCACCAGUCACUGCGCCGCUGCAUGCUGUCGCCGAGAAGUCUCCUAUAAACACCUAUCAGUCCUUCCCCAUCCCCCCUUCGGCCCUCUCUACACGCCCGAGCUUAAUCAGCCGCCGCCAGUCGCUGCUACCUGCCUCUCACCAGCACCUAGUGAGCUCGUUGCUGAACACUGGCUCGUUUUCAGAAGCCGACGGAUUCGCAAAUCGACACAUCCCUCCUGUGGGCUCUGGGAUGGGACUGCGAAAGGUCUGGGUCAGGCGGCCGGGUGGCUCGGCCACCCUACUUCCCACGUCGGAGGAUGCACUGGUCGAUGAGCUGAGAGAUCAAGUGGUCCUGAAAUACGCCAACUCGCUGGGCAAGACAUUUGAUGCACCCGAUAUUAUCAUCCGUAUUGCCACCCGUGAGGGGUCGACCAGGCUACCGACCCCCGAACGCAUACUCAGCCCCGAGGAACCGCUCUGGUCAGUGGUUGAUUCAUUCUACCCGGGGGGUCAAACAGUGGCGGAAGCACUUGUCAUUGAGAUUCCGUCGCGUCGGACCCCCAAGCCUUCGCCUCGCCAUAAUGUAUACUUCACUCACUCUGAACCGGGUGAGCAUGGCGACUAUUUCCCGCUUAUGCCGACCAAUGUGAACGUACCCACACCUCCGACACAUCAGUCAACAUCAGCGAAUUCGAGUAACACCCACCCUGGUCCGUCGAUCUCCAUCCUUACGACUGGCCAUGCUCCUCCCUUACCCUCUCCAAGCGGACGCCCUCGAGGAGGUCGGCGACCCCCUCUUACCCGAACUACCACGCAUUCACCGACAUUAAUUGGGAGUACAACUUCAAAGGAUACCGGAAGUGCACAAAGUGCAGCGCCAGCUCCCACGCCACCUGUACCCAAUUCUCCUGUGCCGCCUCCGGAGUCACCGCAGGUCAAAGCACACACUCCCCCCGCACGGGUUGCAUCUCCCCGUCCUGGCCCCGGAAAGACGAAAAAGUCAAGCCGGGCGUCGUUAUUGAAUGGAGCAUUUGGCGGUCUUAUCGAGGGUACAGUACCGCCGAUCAACGUUCUUAUCGUUGAGGACAAUGUUAUUAAUCAAAAGCUCCUCGAGGCGUUUAUGAAGCGCCUCAGCGUGCGAUGGAAGUGCGCGGCCAACGGAGCAGAGGCUGUUACCAAGUGGCGCGAAGGAGGGUUCCAUCUUGUCCUGAUGGACAUCCAGCUACCCGUGAUGAACGGGCUCGACGCCACAAAGGAGAUUCGUCGGCUUGAACGACUGAACGGGAUUGGAGUCUUCCCGAAGAAGUCAUCCGGUUCUACGAUUGCGGCCCAUGCGACGGCAAGCUCGCCAACUACUGUGACAGGGGAAGACAAAUUACCUGAUCUAUCUCUCUUCAAGAGUCCCGUCAUUAUUGUCGCCCUGACGGCUAGCAGUCUACAAAGUGACCGUCACGAGGCACUGGCCGCUGGCUGUAAUGACUUUUUGACCAAGCCCGUCCGCUUUGAAUGGCUCGAACAAAAAGUAACCGAAUGGGGCUGCAUGCAAGCCCUCAUCGACUUCGAAGGCUGGCGCAAAUGGCGCGGCUUCAUGGACGACCAGUCCGACUCGUCCAAGUCAGCCUCGGGCUCAGGAUCCAACUCAGACGGCCGGUCCAGCCCACACACCACCAACGCAGCUGCAGCGGCGUCUCCAUCGCCAGCAGCGAAGAAAUUAGAAGUCAGACCGGGAUCACAUCAUCUGAAGCGCGGCGUACUCGCCGAGGAUUCGCCUGAUAGCGGGGAUGGAUCAGACUCGCCGGGCAGUAUGCUUGUCGACGGACCGAGUCCGUUGCACGAGGGGAAUAUCUAA